AUGGGCAAUAGUCAAAAUUCAAAGUAAUAAAUAAUCAAAAAUCAAAAAUCUUCCCAACCUUAAUAGCAGAAUCUUAUAAAAGAAGAAAAUCCUAUUAAACCAAAAAAAAAAGAUGAAAAUGAUCUUGAGAUUGAAUUUUUUAAAUUGUUGGCUGAUAUUGAUAGAAAAAAUAAAUGGAAAACAUACUUUAAAAUAAAUGAUAUCAAAUCUAUGGCAGACUUGCUCUCCUCUUAUUAAAUGAAUUCAAAUACAAAAACUGGCAAAAGACUUAAUGAAGCUGAAAAAUAAAUUCUAAAUAACUAUUUGUUACGAUAAUCAAAAGAAGAAGAUAUUUAAAUUAUUAUUAAAAAUAUUGAGAAUCUAAAUAGAUUAACUUAUAAUAAAUCUCCUCAUAAUAUAAAUAAAAUUAGAAAUAUACUAAUAGUAGGAAUAACAGGAUAAGGAAAAUCCACAUUUAUCAAUAGUUUUGUGACAGCCAUUGAAAGAGAAUUCAAACCUAGAGAAAAAGGAAAACAGUUUUCUUUGGAUUAUUUUGAAAUAGUAAAAGUGAAAGAUCAACAAGCUUAAUCUGAUACUAAUGAAGUAUCAUCAUAUAAAUUUAUAAUUGGUGAUAUUCUUAUAAACCUUAUAGAUACACCAGGAUUAGCUGAUACUGAAGGUCUAUUAAAAGAUUAAGAAAGAAUUACUUAAAUAUCUAAAUAUAUUGAAGAGCAUCUUUAUAAUAAAAAUCAAAAUUUGCAUGCUAUUUUAUUUGUAUCAUAAUCAUCUACUUAAUAUGAAGUAAUUGAUAGUAAUCCUACAUUUUUAUAAUUAUCAAUGUUAAGUAUUCUCAAGUUAUUUGGAACUGAAAUGUGUGCAUUCACAAAACAUUGUCUUACUUUUUCAGAUUUCACUGCCACUAGUACCUAAAAUUUUGAGAGUUAAGAUUCUAUUUUUUACUCUGUUAGGGAAGAAUAAAUUAUGAUAAAAUAAAGAUAGGGAAAUUAAUAGUAGAACAUAAUGGGGACCUAAAAUUUAGGAUAAACUAAUAAUAUAUAACAAACCUAAAACUUUCAAGAGGAAAAAAAAUAUAACAAAGAAGAAUUCUAUUAUUAAUUCUAAAAUUCUGUAUUCAGAGCGAAAAAGCAAGGAUUUAUUGAGAAUAUUCAUUUCAAAAAAAAUCUUGUGAACUAUGAAAGAUUAUAUGAUUUCAUUAUAGAUGAUGAAAAUAAAGGAUUUAGCUUAGAAAGAACAGUCUUAGUCAUUAAUUAAAGGACACAAAUCAAGAAUGAAUUAGGAGGAUUGUAAAAGAAACUAUAGUAGUUUAUAAAAGUUCUCAAAUCACUAGAUGAAAAUGAUCGUAAGUUGAAGAUAUACUUAAAUAAAAUAGAAGAUACAAAGAUGUAUGAAUCCACGAUUUAUAUAACUAAGUGGAAUAAAAUUGAAAUUUUCAAAAAUGGGAAGAAAGCCUACUCAACUAACUGUAAUGAAUGUGGAAAGACUUGCUGCAAAACAUGUGAAAGCAAAAGAGUAGAUGGUUGCAAUUAGAUGAUUCUUAGUGGUUCUUAACUUAUUUGUUAAAAAUGUAACCAUUCCAUUUAAUGUCAUACAUAAGAAGAGUUUUAUUGGUAAUCUAGAGAUGGUAAAAUUAUAUUUUUAUUUUAGUUCCUUAAAUAAUAACUGAUGAGUAUUUAAAGAACGAACAUGAGAAUGCCAAUAAAAAUAAAAACACAAUUGAUUAAUUACUAAAAUAAUAAUAAAAAGAGAGAAAUGAAACAAAAGAUUAAAUCAAAAAGGUUUUAGUAUAAAUGAAAGAAUGCCUCUAAAAUUUAUUAUCAUCAGCACUUUACAAACUUGAUAUACUUGAUGUUGAGGCAUAUGAGUUUGUUCUAAAAUUUUAUCCUGAUUACAAAAAAUAAUUAGAAGAAUUUGAAAAUAUGGAUGAUUUAAAAGUUAAAUCAGAAGUCAGAGAUAAAGUUAAAAAAAAUAAAUUAGUCGCAUCUAAAACACUUAUUAGUGUUGAAACUUAAUAAUUUUAGUCUAAAUAGUUUAAAAGAUCUUGA